GGAGGAGGGACGGAAUGCGAGAGAGCGAGAGAGAGAGAGAACUCGCAGGGCAGCUCGCAGGGAGAGAGAGAGAGAGAGAGAGAGAGAGACAAAAGGCACCGACAUUCCCACGCAACCAUCCCACCCAGCAACCAACCACCUUCAGACCCACCAUACAAUAGACAACCCCAGGCAGAACCCCAGGAACGACAAAGCAACGUCAAAAGUUGCACCUACUACCCGCUCCCACACCAAACAACAUCCGAAAUAUGGACUCCACCCUCUCCCCCGGCCCCCCAGGCGCACUCUCCAAACGCCCAACCGACCUCCACUCCACCCGCCGCUCCUCAGCCGCCGCCCUCGCCAAGCUCGACUCCAUCACUACCGACCUCGGCAAAACCUCCGACUGGGCCGCUGGUCUCAUGGUCGCCGCCGACUCCUCCGCGGCGCUAACAUCUUCGUCGCUCGGGGGCAGCAGCACGCAAAUCCGCGCAUUGCUCGACCACGCCAAGGAUAUUGUCCUGCAACUCCGCACGGUUAUGGAGGAAGACAGCGAAAUCACCCUCCUCGAAGACGACGGCCGCACGCCCUCCUACGAUACAUUGGUCACCAAACUGUCCGAUGCGUUCCGUCAGCAAAAAGGGAUCAACAAGAUGAACGCCAAGCUCAUCUCUGUGAAUUAUCUUGUGAACCUGGCGAAUUUCUCCCGAAAUCGGCAACUGCAACAGGCUGUGGCGCAGGGACAGAAACAGGUGUUGGAGCUGCAGCGCACCGUGGCGUCAUUGGAGGAUGGGGUGGAUUUGUUGACGGUGGAGGCCGAUGUGCAGAGGCAGACGGUGGGGAGGUUGAAGUGUGCGUUGGAUAGCACGCGGAGUUUGUUGGAGAGUACUAUCGUUGAGUACCGACAUGAGAUGGGACGCCAACAAGAGGUUCUUCGCAAACAAUCAUCCGCAAUAGGGCAACUCUACAAAUCCCGCUUCAACCAAGACUUCAUCCUCGACUCGGGCAUCUUCCUCCUCUGCAUCUGGAUCUCCAACACAACCCUCGUGCAAAUGCCCCUAAAAGCCGGCGUAGAAGUCCUCCUCCAACAACUUCGCUUCUGGUUCCCGUCCCUGCCCUCCUCUGCAUCCCUCACCUCCUCCUCCUCCACCUCUUCACUAUCAUCGUUGACGUCGUCCCACUCGUCGUAUUCCCCACCACCACCAUCACGAACCCUCCAAAUCGCGUCAAAGCACCGCAUAUGGACCCACCAAGCCGCCAAAUUAGCCCUCAUCUUCUUCCUCGUCCGCAAACUCCGCAAGGGUGCCGAACAGUAUGGGAUCCAUAACCGCGUCGGUGCAACCUACCCUUACCUCACAUCUGUGGGCGGGAUGUUGUGGGGCAGGGUGGCGAGGGGGUUGGGGCUGGGUGUGAAUGUCCCGCAUCAGCAGCAGCAGGAGAUCGGGUGGAGGGUAGGUGGGAUGGGAGGGGGGACGCAGACGGUGGCGGUCGUGCCUCCGGUCAAGGAGGCGAGCGGGAGUGGGAUGGCGAGGACGGCGAGGACGACGCCUGCGAGGAGGGAUCGUGGGGCGGCGGCGGCUGUGACGGUGGGGGAUAAGUAACAGCAGAGAAAUGAGAAGAAAUCCUAGGCUUGAAAACCAGCCUUCUCUCUCUGGUCCAUCCUACAUUCUUUUUUGGAAGGGGGCGCUAUUCUCGGUCGUCGCUUAUUUUUUGGGGAAGGGAAAAUUUGAGAGAGGAAUGCGGGCUAUUUGCGCAUGCCGCACACAAUCGUUUGUAUCCAGAUAUAUCACUGUUGUAAUGUUUAUGUCAUCGGUGUCUUGGCAAGGCAUGUACUGUACAUAUGCAUGUUUCAUCGGAGUUGGGAGGGAAUUCUGAAAAUGUGGCAAGAAGCGGCUGAUGAGCGGCCGAACGGACGCGACGAGGCAAAAUCAUUUUUGGCAACAUGUCAUACAUGUUUUGCGAGA